CAGGGAUGCCUGAUACCUGUGGAGAAAAAAGAAAAGAAUGAAGUGUCACCAGAACAUCAGAACACUGAAGAUGUGACUCAUAAUGAUCAUGAGCAAACAGCAGAAGAGCUGAAAACAGAGGAAAGAACAGACAAAGACCAAAGAACAGAAGAAGAGCUGAAGGAAAAACGCAGAACAGAAGAAAAGCAGAGAACAGAGGAGAGUAAAGAAGAGCUGAAGGAAGAGCGCAGAACAGAAGAAGAGCAGAGUACAGAGGAAGAUCAGAGAACAGGAGACAGAAAAGAAGCGCUGAAAAAAGAAGAGCAGAAAACAGUGGAAGCCCAAAGAACAGAAGAGAUCAAAGAAGAGCUGAAAACAGAGGAGAGAAAAGAAGAGCAGAACGAGGAACAGAAACCGGAGGAGAGAAAAGAAGAGCUAAAAACAGAGGAAGAUCAAAGAACAGAAGAGAGAAAAGAAGAGCUGAAAACAGAGGAAGGAACAGAAGAAGACCAGAUAACAGAAGAGGGAAAAGAAGAGCUGAAAACAGAGGAAGCUCAAAGAACAGAAGAGAGAAAAGAAGAGCUGAAAACAGAGGAAGGUCAAAGAACAGAAGAGAGAAAGGAAGACCUGAAAACAGAGGAAGAUCAAAGAACAGAAGAGAGAAAAGAAGAGCUGAAAACAGAGGAAGAUCAGAGAACAGGGGACAGAAAAGAAGCGCUGAAAAAAGAAGAGCAGAAAACAGUGGAAGCCCAAAGAACAGAAGAGAUCAAAGAAGAGCUGAAAACAGAGGAGAGAAAAGAAGAGCAGAACGAGGAACAGAAACCGGAGGAGAGAAAAGAAGAGCUAAAAACAGAGGAAGAUCAAAGAACAGAAGAGAGAAAAGAAGAGCUGAAAACAGAGGAAGGAACAGAAGAAGACCAGAUAACAGAAGAGGGAAAAGAAGAGCUGAAAACAGAGGAAGCUCAAAGAACAGAAGAGAGAAAAGAAGAGCUGAAAACAGAGGAAGGUCAAAGAACAGAAGAGAGAAAAGAAGAGCUGAAAACAGAGGAAGAUCAAAGAACAGAAGAGAGAAAAGAAGAGCUGAAAACAGAGGAAGAUCAAAGAACAGAAGAGAGAAAAGAAGAGCUGAAAACAGAGGAAGAUCAAAGAACAGAAGAGAGAAAAGAAGAGCUGAAAACAGAGGAAGAUCAAAGAACAGAAGAGAGAAAAGAAGAGCUGAAAACAGAGGAAGAUCAAAGAACAGAAGAGAGAAAAGAAGAGCUGAAAACAGAGGAAGAUCAAAGAACAGAAGAGAGAAAAGAAGAGCUGAAAACAGAGGAAGAUCAAAGAACAGAAGAGAGAAAAGAAGAGCUGAAAACAGAGGAAGAUCAAAGAACAGAAGAGAGAAAAGAAGAGCUGAAAACAGAGGAAGAUCAAAGAACAGAAGAGAGAAAAGAAGAGCUGAAAACAGAGGAAGAUCAAAGAACAGAAGAGAGAAAAGAAGAGCUGAAAACAGAGGAAGAUCAAAGAACAGAAGAGAGAAAUGAAGACCUGAAAACAGAGGAGGGAACAGAACAAGACAAAAGAACAGAAGACAGAAAAGAAGAGCUGAAAAAAUGGGAAGAUCAAAGAACAGAAGACAGAAAAGAAGAGCUAAAAACAGAGGAAGAUCAAAGAACAGAAGAGAGAAAAGAAGAUCUGAAAGCAGAGGAGGGAACCGAAGAAGACCAGAUAACAGAAGAGGGAAAAGAAGAGCUGAAAACAGAGGAAAAUAAAAGAACAGAAGAUAGAAAAGAAGAGCUGAAAACAGUGGAGAGAAAAGAAGUGCAGAAAACAGAAGAUAGAAAAGAAGAGCAGAACGAGGAACAGAAAACGGAGGAGAGAAAAGAAGAGCUGAAAACAGAUGAGGGGACCGAAGAAGGCCAGAGAACAGAAGAGGGGAAAGAAGAGCUGAAAACAGAAGAAGAUCAAAGAACAGACGAGCGAAAAGAUGAGCUGAAAACAGAGGACCGAAAAGAAGAGCAGAAAACAAAGGAGAGGAAAGAAGAGCUGAAUGAAGAGCAUAAAACAGAGGAGAGAACAGAAGAAGAGCAAAAAACAGAAGAGAGAAAAGAAGAGCUGAAUGAAGAUAAUAGAAUAGAGGAGAGAACAGAAGAAGAGCAGAGAACAGUAGAGAGGAAAGAAGAGCAUAAAACACAGGAGAGAACAGAAGAAGAGCAAGAAACAGAAGGGAGAAAAGAAGAGCAUAAAACAGAGGAGAGAACAGAAGACCAAAGAAAAGAAGAGCUGAAUGAAGAGCAUAAAACAGAGAAGAGGAAAGAAGAGCAGAAAACAGAGGAGAGAACAGAAGAAGAGAGAAAAACAGAAGAGAGAAAAGAAGAGCAGAAAAUAGAGGAGAGAAAAGAAGGGCAGAAAACAGAGGACAGAAAAGAAGAGCUGAAAACAGAGGAAGACCAAAGAACAGAAGAGAGAGAAGGAGAGCUGAAAACAGAGGACAGAAAAGAAGAGCAUAAAACAGAGGAGAGAAAAGAAGACCAAAGAAAAGAAGAUAGAAAAGAAGAGCUGAAGGAAGAGCAGAGAAGAGAAGAAGAGCAGAAAACAGAGGAGAGGAAAAAAGAGCUGAAUGAAGAGCAGAGAAGAGAAGAAGAGCAGAAAACAGAGGAGAAGAAAGAAGAGCUGAAUGAAGAGCAGAGAAGAGAAGAAGAAAGCCGUGAAGAUGGAGACCAUCUUAAAGUGUCAUCUGUUGUUUCAAAUGAUGAUGAUGAUGAUGAUGAUGAUGAUGAGAGCACAUCAAGUGACAGAGAUGGUGCUGUAAACAUAGCAGAAGAAAGUGAAGGACUUCAAGGACCGGAGGUGGAAGAAAACAGAACGGAUGUAAAUAAGGAUGAACAAUCCGCAGAAGAACCUCGUGCCAGUGUGCCAAUCAUACCAUCUGAAUCAAAGAUGAAACAAAUGUAAAAAUUCAUCAAACUGAACAUCACAGCACAGAGAACUCUGAUCGGCCGUGUCUCACAGAUGCUUUGAGUGAACAGAGCGAAGGCCUCGACACAUCACACAUGCACUUUUGUCUCUCAGAAGAUGUGGAGGAAGAUGAUAGUUUGGAGAUGAAGCGACAAGAUACUGAAGACAGAAAAGAAACACACAACAGAUGAACACAAUCACAACACUUCUCAAUGAGAUUAACAUCAUUUACAGUAAACAACACUACAACAUUUAUUGACAUGUUACAAAAUACAGAUACACUUCUUUAUUGUUUAUUCUGGUUAACAGAUAUGUGUUGAAACUAUAACAUUAACUAAAAUGAAUAUAUGCUUUGAAAGGUUUAUUCAUUGUUAAGUCAUGUACAGUUAAGAAAUGUUAAAAAAGCAUUUUUGUAUUGCCAUUUUAAUGAUAAAAUAAAUAUAAAACCUGAAAAAUAUAAAGAAACAAGUCAUUGAUUAAAUCAUGCAAACAUCUGUAGUAGAGAUUUAAUGAUGACAAUGCAAACACAUCUGUUGUGUUACAUAAAAACGCUGGGAAAUACACCAGAAGUAAUUCAGAAGUAUCAUUUUUAUUUAAGUAAUACUGCGUUAUUAUCAGAAAACUAUGGAAGCCCGUUUCCACCAGGGUUGAGAAUUUUUUUCAGAUUUAAAAGACAUUAGUUUCACAUUAUUUUGAGAUACUUAGUCAUAAUAAUGUAAAAAAAUUCCCAACCCGAAACAGUCUUCCAUAGAUGCCACAUCCUAUUGUAUAACAAAUGUUUUCCACAUGGAUCAACAGGAGAAGAAAAUAAAUAAAAUAUAAAAAUAAUAACAUCA